GUUAAGCUCCCUUUUGCCUCCUCCGUUACAGUUGGGCUCUGAACCAAAUCCUGAAAAAAGGAGGAAAAAAUGGCGAUGGCGCAGUUAUGCGGCGCAUUAGCUAGGGGAGUGAUGGCGGCGGAGCGACGGUCUCCUUCUCUAACGUCGUCCAUGGCGGCCGAAGGACUGGUGCCCAUCCUUUGUGGACGAGGUGACAAGAAGACGAAGAAAGGGAAAAGAUUCAAAGGAUCAUACGGAAACGCCAGGCCGAAGAAGGAGAAGAAGAUACAGCGAAUCAAGGAUAAAAUCGAGGUUCCUAGUUCCACUCCUUGGCCUCUUCCUUUCAAGCUCAUCUGAUUUGAACCGCUUUUGUUUCCUUCUGAUCGUAUAAAACUUUCAUGAUUUGUGUAAUUCUGAAAAAGAAUCAAGGUUUUCUCGAAGUUUAGGGUUUAUGUCAAGUCAAGAUGGAUUUAAGCGAAAUUGAAAUUGAUCUAUACUGAUUAAUCGUCUUGCUGGUAUGCUUGAUUUCAUUUUUUUUCCGGUCUGGAAUUGGAAUAUGGAGCUUUGUAGCCGAAUUUUCCUUCGAAUGAUAUCUGGAAAAUUUUCUAGAAAGGAUGCAUUAUUUGGAGAAAAUAGUAGAUUCUGUAAAAUGGAUCCGAUUUUA